GUUGCUCUUGCACGUUCCUGCUCAAAUGCUUCUCACAGCCUUCAGGAGAGGGCUGCUGGUGCUCUGUGGGGAUUAUCUGUGUCAGAAGCAAAUAGCAUUGCCAUUGGACAAGAAGGAGGCGUGGCACCACUAAUAGCACUGGCACGAUCAGAUGCUGAGGAUGUCCAUGAGACAGCUGCUGGGGCUCUUUGGAAUCUUGCUUUCAAUUCUGAUAAUGCUCUCCGUAUAGUAGAGGAAGGUGGGGUUCCUGCCCUGGUUUCUCUUUGUUCUUCCUCUGUAUCAAAAAUGGCCCGCUUCAUGUCAGCUCUGGCUUUGGCAUACAUGUUUGAUGGAAGGUACUUAAAAUCUUCUGAAUCCAGAUACAAGUAUAUAAUAGUCUUUUCUCCUCUAUUCUUUCCAUGUUCCCCUUUUUCUUGGAAUGAAAGUAUGCUGCACUAGGAAAAUGAAUUUGCUGCAAGGAAGUAUCAUAAUUUUUAUCACAAUUGGACCUAGGAUGUUUAAGGGUGGCUGGCCUUAGUUAUAUCUAUAUAUUAUCACUAAACUUGUUUUUUUUAAUAGUGAAUUCUGAAACAAAUAAAGCAGUAUCUCUUUUGGCUUUUCCUUUUAUUGUUCUUUUUAUGAUGACAUUGUUAGUAAGUUAAGCCUAGGCUUUGUAUAAAGGAAAACACCCUAUGAAAUGUUUCUUAUUUUAUUUAUCGUCUUAAACUGAUUGGUCUGCUUUAUUAAAGGUCAGUAGGUAACGAAUUUAGAUCUCACCAGAAAAAUAACGGAGGUUCUUCUAACUUUAAUGUGAUGGUGUGUAAUUGGUACCUGCACAUAAGUUUCCGCAGCUUCUUUUAGAAUUUGAGCAGAGCAAGUAUAAUCACCAAUUUAGUCUCAUCGGUCUGUAGUUCGCUUUUUAACAAGGAGUGAGGUCAUUUACCUGAUUAUAUUUUGUUUAAAAUCACAUAAAAUGCUCAUAAUGAAUGCUUGGUCCAAGUAUCCUGAUGCUGGAACUGGAAAAACCUCGUUCUUUGCCUUGAAAUGGAAGUAAGUUUUAUUCUUAAUGAUCACUUUUCAGUAUAAAUCGUUUAAAUUUACUGGCCCAUGUAUGUCAAUAAGAGGUCACAACAAUGAUGUAUUUGACCAUGGAUGCACAGCUUCGUAUGUUGGAAGAAGCAAUACUUUAUAAUAAAAUCAGUAUACCAGAGAGGUAAAAGGUAUUUCAGCCGAGAUUUAAGUUAUUUUCUGACAAAGUAUUUCUGGAAUUAUUUAACUAUCAUCUGAUACUUAAACAAAUAUGGUGUAUGAGAGAAUAUUGUCUUCUCCGUGAUUAAUGUUUAUAUCUGAAGAAUACAAUACACUAGCUACCUCGGAAAAUCCCCUAUGGCCCUUUCCCAUACUUUUACUAUUACUCCAUAGUCAGUUUAUUUAGACUUUAUCUUCCUAUAUAACUAUGAAUGCUAUGGAUACCCAGAACCAGUUCUCACCUUCAGUCUGAACUUGUAGAACUCCGAUAGAUAUUCUUCUCUCUGGGUUUAUGCUUAUCGAAAUUGUUGACCGGCAAAAUAAUGUUUAAUUCCAAUAUCCGUUGUGCUGCUGCUGCUGCUUUUCAGGGUCUAAAACUAUGUUAUGUAUCUAAGUCUAUUUAAUGAUAUGGAACAUACGUAUCACGUGGUUUUUAAUUAAUUAAUAAUUUUGAACAUAUAAAUCAUGCAGUUUUUAGUUCACUAUUCACAAGGAAUCUUCUGUAGGAAAGACAAAACUGAAGGAAUGCAUGGAGAGGAUGAAAGAACAGUAAAAGAGAAGUUUCUUAUUUUAAGAGAAGUGUUUGAACAAAUAUAGUUCAAUUUUAGCUCUUUUCAUCUUUGAUUGUGAGAAGCUGACUUCUUUUCAUACAGCAAUAGAACAUGAUCUUAUUUUAGUCAUAUUUUGGUCUGUUCAAGCUUAUCAUCCACUUUUUGGAAACAUAGUUAAAAGACAGAGCUACAUGAUCGCUACUUAAUGGAAGAAAUUGCAGCAUAACUGGAAUUGAACGUUAGGAAUAGUUUAGUACAGUGAAAAUAAGAGAACGAAUUAUCUUUAAAGAUGAUCUGGGAAUUUAACAUGAUAGUAGAGCUACGUGGAUUCUUGGUUCAAAUCUCAAAUUCCUUACGAGCACAACGUGUGCAAAAAUAUAAACCAACAGAUUACUAGUAACCUUUCUAAUAGCUUAAUAUAGAUGAGCUGGUAAUUCAACAUUCAUGGAUAAAGAGAUUUGCAUUCAAUCCUCAGUUCUCCUUACGCAGUCUCCUCCAAGUACAGUACUGAACUAGUAGAUACAUUGAUUAUGCUUGUAGAACUUUAUGUAAAUACUGGAAGCUUUGCAACAUUUGAUUUAUCACAAUUCUAUAGAUUCCAUCUCCUAUAUUCCCUGGGAAUUCAUUAGAGGAAUGUUUCUAACUGUUGUUCCUUGCAUGGCCUUUGAGGGCUUGAGCAACGAGCUUGUUCCAAAUAGAAGUAUCCAUUUAUCAGGAAAUAGGCUUAGUUUAUUGUAGUUGCUACGUAUUUUUUUCAUCAGUAAAAGGUGGAGCUCUAUGAUGAUUUUUGUCGAUUAUUAUUGUGAGAUUAAGCCCCCGUUUGGCCCUCAUUCUUAGCUAAUUUUAAUGGAUGG